AUGCCGAGACACGACCGACUGCCGCUGCAGCUGUUUGGCUUGCUGCUGAUCUGCGCUGCCAUGUUUGUGGCGAGCAUUGCUGAAGCCAGCAGCAGCAGCAGCAGCACCAUCCCUCGCCUGCAUUGCCGCGGCGUGGGCAACUCGGACGUUGGCUUUUGGCUUGUGUUCCGCAACGACGGCGGCUCGUCGUUCUACUACAUGGACUCGAACCGUGUGGGCUCCGAGCGCGGCCUGGUGCUGCCCCCUCAGCUGCUCGUGCACGCGCAGUCGCCGCUCGUCCUCACGCUGCAGAACAUUAUUGACGCGCGCAGCAAUGCUUCCCGCUCGACCAGCCACGUCGUCUUUGCCAACGAGCAUGACAUGCACUCUGCGCGCAACUUUGAUCCGAGCUCGGACGUGUUUGAGUCGCACGCACCGCCGCUCGACCGGGUUGGCGCUGACAUUGGCUCAAGCCCCCGCACGUCCAAGCCCUUCCUGAGCGGCCUUCUCGCUGUUGAACACCACCCCCAGGAAAUGGAAACCGCGGCGGAGGACGCCAACGGAUUUCUGCUGACAACAACCAUUCCACGCCUUGUUCCCAUCGACCCUCGCACAAGCACGCUGCCUCGCAGUGUCCCCAACUCGGUGUGGUUUGACGUCCAAGACACGGCUCAAGGCGCAAUCCUGUGCCUCUCGCUGAACGCGUCAGCAGGUGUGCAAGCCAUUGUUGACGCACUGUUGACCACCAAUCCGUUCGUGUCUGCGCUUGAGCUCUCAGAGGGCGUGCCGGCGGCAAUGCAAGCGUUUGCGCGUCCCAACUGGCUGCCGCCCUCCACGGCUGCAGGCAGCGUCCAUCUGCGUGGUGCUGCCGACUCGUUCGCACGUUGUCUCGCUGCAUCUGGCACGUUUGCUGAGCUUGCUGCCAACUGUUUGCGCACUGUUGAGGUGCCUGGCGUGUUUGGCGUGCGCGACACCGGCUCGUCCCCACGCUUUGCUCGCGGCUGGUGGUUGCUCGCCAAGAACCGAGGCUUCCCGCAAGGGCUGAUGUGGGCGCCAGCAUGGAGCCGCACCUCCCUGUCGCCUUCAAUUGAGCCGACAUUGCUCAGUCGGUGGCAAACCGGCGGCGCUGUCACGGCGUUGAUUGGCAUCCUCGGUGGCACUGAGGCAGAGCUUGUCUGCAUUGGCGACCUGUUCUUUGUGAAUGACACGGCCUUGAGCGGAAGUGCGCUGUGCACCUCCAUGCUGUCUGCACACUCCAUCUCUCUGAACGAGCUUGUGGUUGCCGAAAUGGUCCCUGCCACGCUGGCUAAAAACGCUGAUUCUGAUUCCAGUUUUCAAACAAGGCGCGGCCGCCCCGGUCAAUCAUCCCGUCAACUGCCCGCGCGACCACGCCAGCAGGAACAGUAUUUUGACACGACGCAACACCCUCAAGCUCGGGACGACCGGACCCGUUCAGCUUCGCGUAUCCAACAACGACUGCUGUCAAAUAGCCGAGAAGCGCGCAGAAGACCGCAGCGGGUUUUGGCCGAGCAACGCAUGGAUGAAUCUGAAGACCACCCUCAGCCUGACGAUGACUUUAAUCCUUCUCCAACACCGUACAUUCCCCCGCAACACCCUCAAGCUCGGGGCGCCCGGACCCGUUCAGCUUCGCGUAUCCAGCAACAACAACUCAACCCCGAAUCUGGCCAAAAGCGCACUUUUUCAGCCAGAGAAGGCGACACUGAGCCACAUGACGAUGAGAUUGUUAAUUCUCAAGCAAUGCCCAGCACAAAACGCAACCUUCGUUCGAAUUCUCCCUCGCAACCGUACAUUCCCUCGCAAACCAAUGGCGUGCCUGUGUCCGAGCCGCAAUCCAUCUUUAGCUGUGGUUUGCUGUGGAGCUAUUCUGCAAACAAGGACGUCUGGAAAACGGCUACUGUGACCUUUCCCACGUUGCCGGAUCAGUUAUCCCCCUGCGCUCAUCUUGAAGUGUGGUUGGACCGUUUCCAGUCAUCAUCCAAAGAGCUCGUGAAAACGACGGUUUUCCGCCCAACGAAAUCCAGCGGCAGCGAGUGGGAGGAAUUCACGCGUCCAGCCGGCCCGGUGGACGAUGUUGUCCCUCAACUGAGUAAAGCCCGCUACUCAAUGGAUGCGAACGUCGGGCAAUUGGAGAUUAACAUGCCAAACGAAGACUCGGUGUUGAGCAACAGUCUGUUCGCGGCUGAUGUCAAGUUUGUCUGGGACCAUUCUGACAUUCCGUAUUGCCAAGGGCUUGAACAGUCGCUCUUACAGCCGGAUGCUCGGCACAACGAGGUGCUUAACAACUGGGAGCUGUCCAUGUGGCGUAAGCUGUUCUCGCGUGGUCGACUCCCAUCGUUGCAUCAGCGUCGCUUCGACCCUGAGGAUAAUGGCGACGAGUAUUGCUUCAUUGGACCGUGCUUGUUUGCAUUGUACGCAAACGGCGAACGUGUUGGGUGGCCUGUUGGUUCGAAGGAUGUCUCGCCCGUUACACACGAGGUGGCCAUGAAAUUCGCGCUGAGAGGCAUCCAAGGGUCAAUGAUCAUGCUCAAUGCCACCUGCCACGCGCUUGAAUGGUGCUUCGGUGCGCUUGACAAGCUGACAUUCAUUGCGGCCAUGAGAUUAAAUGGGGCCGAGGACGACCAAACUGACGAUGAAGUCUUAGGCGGUGAUGCAGGCAUGGCAUUGAGCGAAGACGCCUCUAGCCACGAUAGAAAAUCCUUGAAUUCCGCGGUUAACGAUUGCAAGCAUCAUCUCGCUGGCGGGAUAGAGUCGCCUUUUCUUCUGUCUCUCACUACGCCUACGACGGGAUAUCCCGGCUUGAAAAAGAUCUGCGCCGAGUUCGCACCCGGCAAGCCGUACAAGAUCUACGCAAAACACAACAAAAAAAGGGCUCAGGUUGCCACAUUCACUGCACAACCAACCCAUGCUCCUGCCACGCCACGGUUUUUCUACCUUUCGUAUUUUGAUUCUGAUCCGAAAGCAAAAAUACCGAGAGUCGUGGCGUAUUCUGUUGAAAUUCAGAAGACGACGCAUCAAAGCCUUGCACGUCCUCAGACCCCAUUCAUGUAUAAUUUGGAAUUGUGUUCACCAGCUCGACUCCCUAAUGUGGGAAUAGUGCCAGCGCAGCAGAUGUGUGCUUCGGCUUCGAGCUUGGCUGACAAGGACUACAGAAAAGUUGGCAAAUCCUGGAACAAAGGCCAUCUGUUCCCGAACGCAAUCGCUGCGCUUGUGGACCCCACGCAGUAUACUCCCCUCAACAUGUCGUACGCGGCUGCGUUUUCCACUUUUGCGUACAUCAACGUUGUCCCCAUGGCCGCAGAGCUCAAUCAACGUGAUUGGAGCUACGCCGAAACGGCCUUCCGCGAGGUUGUUCUCGCCAAGAGCAAAGGCAAACAACAAGUCUUUUUUCUGACUGGCGCGCUUGGCACACCCUCCCAGGAAACACUAGCGACUGGAAUUCCUGUUCCGACCGGCCCGUUUUUUACUGCCAUGUGCAUUCCAGGGGUUGGAAGCGGCGCCGCUUAUGCUCACUACAACGGGAAAGCGGGUGAAUCGCAGGCUUCUCAGGCUUCCCAGCCUUCCCGGCCUUCCCGGCCUUCCCGGCGGCAACCCCAGGCCCCUAAGACUCUGUACUCGGCAGUCGAGUUCAUGAGUUUGGGAGCACUCGAGAAUGAGCUAAACCUACCACAAAACGCCUUGUUUGGACAACACUGCAACCCCGAUCUCACAUCCGAGCUGAUAGCUGCUUUCGCCCCAGCCAAGCAUAACAACAUUGGAAACACUGGCACCUUCAAUCCUGAUUUGCACCAUCGGGACAAGCAAGCUUACGGAAAUCGAAAAGAAACAGAUCGCUGCACUCUUGAUAGCGAGUGCCAGAUUCCGAUGGAAUGCAUCGGUAACACAUGCAAAUGUGUUGACUGCGACAGAAUCCAACCGAUUUACAAGCGGGGCGCUACUCAGCAGGAGAUAGCGGACGCGACUGCAACUGCGAAACUCCUGUGUUUAGGGCAAGGUAUAGGUCCAACCUACCUUGCAGAUGUAAAGAAUUACUUCGGAUCACGAACGUUGGCGGACUGUCAGCGUACUUGCAAAUGGAAUACCAACACCGACAAGUGUUGGUAA